ACAACAAAUAAGUCAACCCCUAUACCCACAAAAACCGUCACAAAUAAUACAACUCACCGCCAUUUUUAAAUUACACACAUUUCUCCGGCGACCAAUUCUCCACCUGCAUGGAUGGCCGCCGCCAACACCACCGUCCUCCUCCUCAUCACCCUCUUCACAACCACCUACUCCGCCACAAUCUACACCGGCUCCAUCACCCCCAACUUCACCACUUCCCAAUUCCAACACAUCGACAGUUCCGGCGACUUUCUCCGAUCACCUAACCACACUUACACCGCCGCAAUCCGCAACCCACAACCCUCAUCCCCAUCAUACUACCUAGUUAUCUACCACUCCGACUCCCACACCAUCGUCUGGGCCGCCAAUCGCAACCACCCCAUCUCAGUUUCCGGCCAAAUUCGCCUCUCCUUCACCGGAAUCACAAUCCAUGACGACACCAGUCAAACCGUUUGGUCAACGCCUGAACUUAACUCCACCGUAGAUUCUCUACAACUACUAGAUUCCGGCAACUUAAUCCUUGUUGAUCGGUUCAACAAAACGUUAUGGCAAUCGUUUGAUCAUCCAACAGACACAAUUGUUUCAGGACAAAGAUUUCCGGUCGGUAGAUCUUUGAUCGGAAAUAAAUUUCCGGCAGAUCAUUCCGCCGGAGAUUAUUCUUUCACGGUCACCUCCGGCGACGGGAUAUUACAAUGGAAAAACUUAACGUACUACAGUUUAUUAAUGGACUCCAAAUCCGUUAUAAACUCAAACGUUCCCAUUACAUAUAUAACGGUUAACGGAUCUGGUUUUUUUAUGUUGGGAGCGUUAGAAUCAGUGGUUGUUAAUGUUUUAAUAACCCAGGCGGGUUCGGGUUCGGGUUCGGAUUACCGGAUUUUGAAAGUUUCUAACGACGGUUAUCUUGUUGUUAUGCGAUAUACGAAUAACGAUUGGGUGACGGACUUUUCGACGCCGUUAGACAGUUGCCGUCCGGCGUUUAAGUGUGGUAAACUCGGACUUUGUUCCACCAGUAGUUGUUCUUGUCCUCCCGGGUUUCGGGUUGACCCGGUUACCAAACCCGGUUGCUCGUUGUCGGAUAAUUCGUAUUCGUUGCCAGAAUCUUGUGAUGAUAAAACACAUAACUCGUCCGAGAGUUAUUACUACGUGCAACUUGGAACCGGUGUGAAGUAUUUUCCGGUUGAUUUUAUUGAACCGGUGAGAACCGGUGUGAGUUUGUCAACGUGUAAAGAUAUGUGUUCUAAAAGUUGUUCUUGUUUGGGUUUGUUUCAUGGAGAUGAGUCUGGAUCAUGUCAUUUGAUUGAGAAUCAUUUGGGGUCUCUUGUGUUAAGCUCCAAUAAUAAGACGGAUGAUAAAAUAGGGUUCAUCAAAGCAAUUGAUUCGGUGUCUCCUUCUAGAAAUGAAGAGAGUGGUUCGGGUUCGGAUUUUCCGGUGAUCGGGUUGAUACUACUGCCGGCUACCGGCGUUCUAGUUAUAGCGAUUUUCGCGGUUUGGAUAAGAAUAAGAAGUAGGAACAAGAAAAUGAAAGAUUGUUCGAAGAAAUCGAGCGAUUCGGAUGAUCUCGACAUGUUUUCGAUAGCGGGUUUACCGGUGAGAUUUGAUUAUGAAGAGCUUGUCGAGGCGACCGUGAAUUUUAGUACACCGAUUGGUUCGGGUGGGUUCGGGACGGUUUAUAAAGGCGUGCUUCGUGACAAGACGGUGGUCGCAGUGAAGAAGAUCACCGCGUUAGGUGCUCAGGGGAAGAAGGAAUUUGGUGCCGAAAUCGCUAUUAUCGGGAACAUUCAUCAUGUGAAUCUAGUUAAACUCAAGGGGUUUUGCGCACACGGGAGAGAGCGGUUCUUGGUGUACGAGUAUAUGAGCCGGGGUUCACUCGACAGAACCCUUUUUUGCCCUGGACCACCAAUGGAAUGGCAAGAGCGGUUUGAGAUCGCGGUUGGGACCGCGCGUGGUCUUGCAUAUUUACAUAGCGGGUGCGAGCCUAAGAUCAUACAUUGUGACGUUAAGCCGGAAAACAUUCUUCUAAGUGAUAACAUGCAAGUAAAGAUUUCAGAUUUCGGGUUGUCAAAAUUUCUAAGUCCCGAGCAAUCCGGUUUGUUUACGACAAUGAGAGGGACACGCGGGUACCUAGCACCCGAGUGGCUCACAAACACGGCUAUAUCAGAUAAAACCGAUGUCUAUAGCUACGGUAUGGUUCUUUUGGAAUUGAUUCAAGGUAGAAAGAAUUGCGUACAAGCCCCGAGCCAUGGCUCGGGAAACCCGAGUACUAGCACUGACGGUCAUUCCUCGGUUUCAUCCGGGUCCCAGAACCGUCCUCGUGCACGUGCUUUUUAUUUCCCCUUACAAGCAUUGGAGAUGCACGAGGAAGGUCGGUACUUGGAACUAGUGGAACCGAGGUUAGCUGGUCGUGUGACAAACGAUGAAGCCGCGAAGCUAGUCAAGGUGGCUCUAUGUUGCUUGCACGAGGACCCAUCCUUGCGGCCCACAAUGGUUAACGUUGUGGCGAUGCUUGAAGGAACUUUGCCGGUGGGUGAACCACGGUUAGAGUCUUUAAACUUUUUGCGAUUCUACGGGAGGAGGUUCACCGAGCCGUCAACGGUUGUAACCGGAGCGGAGAUCGAAGUGCCAAGCGGGUUUAUGGUGGCCGCCAUCGAUAGUAGUAGUCCGAGUGCGUCGCCGAACUCGUUUUCGUACAUGUCAUCACAACAAGUGUCGGGACCUAGAUAACAUCGACAAAAAUACUUGUAUGUGUUCUCAUUGUGAGUAUUUUAUUUUUCGUAACGUUAAUGUUGCGAAAAUAAACAUUCAAAAUCUUUGUACGGUAGUUUUGAGUUUUGGAUUAAUUUUUAUCAUUUUAUGUAGAUCAUCAUAUACCCUGUCAUAUACAAUGGAUAUUGUUAAUAUAUUUGUGAAGUA